CUGAUAUCUCUGGUGGUGCUGGUGCGCUACGGUGUAAAACCGCACACGUAACGCAGUUAAUAUAGCACCGGGCGUGUAUCAGCGGUACCGCACUAUCCACCCGUAGUGCAGGAAGCAUCUCACCGCAUGGCCGCUAGUAGGAUGCCGACGGAUUACAACUCACCAUCCGAGGAGGGAAGGUCGUCCGAAAUGGCCGAUUUGUAAGCGAGCGUGCGCUUUUAUAGCAGAAAAAAAAAAAAGCAAAGCAUGACGGGAAAGGCGGGCCGGCACGCGCACGCGCAGAAUGGUCGAUCCUGUGAACCAGAAUGACGCUGAAGCACUGAUGACCCCAGGCAGACAUGACACAGGACACGGUAUUGGACAUGAAGGACGUGGAGCUCAACGAGAUGGACCCCGAGAAGCAGCCGAUGGCGGCCGAGGACGGAGAGUCCCCGGUGGGCGGCGAGAAGAACGGGGUGAUGAAGGUGAAGGAGGACGAGGAGGGCGGCAGCCGGGCGGUGAAGUUCACCGGGCUGUCCAAGGAGGAGCUGCUGAGGGUGGCGGGGACCCCGGGCUGGGUGCGGGUCCGCUGGGCGCUGCUCAUCCUCUUCUGGCUGGGCUGGGCCGGGAUGCUGGCCGGGGCCGUGGUCAUCAUCGUCCAGGCUCCGCGCUGCCGCCCGCUGCCCGCCAUGGAGUGGUGGAACAAGGGGCCGCUCUACCAGAUCGGGGACCCGGCCACCUUCCAGGACGGAGAGGGGAACGACGGCAUCGGGGAUCUGGCCGGAAUACAGCAACGACUGGACUUGCUCAGCACCCUAAAAGUGAAGGGUUUGGUAAUAGGACCCCUGCAUGUCACCACUAAAGACGACCCUUCAGGGACCGUGCUCAAGGAUAUCGACCCAAAAUACGGAAACAUAGACGGCUUCAAAAACCUGCUGGAAGCGGCUCGAAAGAAAAGUAUUCAGAUAGUUUUGGACCUCACCCCCAAUUACCGAGGGGAAGACGUCUGGUUCAACGAGGAAUUGAAGAAAUCGGACAGCGUCUUGGUGACUCAAAUACAGGAUGCGAUGACUUUUUGGUUUGAACAUGGCGUUGGAGGAAUUUACCUAAGUGGAUUUGAGAACAUCCUGAAUCCAGGUGAACUCCUUCCGGAACUGAAUAACAUCACUGCUAACCACAGCACAGAGGGUAAAGCAAGGGUGCUGCUCAUCUCCUCUGUGGAGUCAGUCAGCAGCGAUAUACUGGGGAUCCUCAAUGACUCUUCCUCUGGCAUUUUAAGCACCAGCUAUUUGUUGGGUAAAGGCAAUGAAAGUGACGGCACUAUCGGGGAACGCGUCAGGCAAUACAAGAACGUUACUGGUGAAGAGGACAAGAUCCUCUGGGCGAUCAGACCACGUUUAGGUCACAUGGCUUCCGUGGUGAAGGAGAACCUGUUGCGUGUCUAUCAGCUCCUGCUCUUCACUCUCCCGGGAACACCUUUAACUUUGUACGGGGAUGAGAUUGGACUCAAAGAUUUGCCCGGACAGCCGGCACAUGGCACAUACAUGCAGUGGAAUUAUGGCAAGAAUCAUGGGUUCUCUGAAGGCUCAGUGAGAGAAGCAAAUCCGCUAAAUGCAAACGUUACAUUUGAGGCUCAGGAAGGAAAUAAAGCUUCACUACUCAAUCUUUAUAAGCGCCUGAGUGAGUUGCGGGGGAAAGAGCGGUCACUCCUUCACGGCAACUUCACACUACUCCACCACGAUGACAGAGCGCUAGCUUUUGCGCGAAUUUGGGACCAGAAUGAAAGAUACGUGACAGUAGUGAACUUUGCAGAGGUGGAGACGGAGGUGUCUGUUCCGCACGAACAUAUACCAGAGCAAUGUUCGGUGGUUUUAAGCUCUGAUUCCGAGCGCAAAGAAGGGAGCAGCGUUUCCGUAAGGAGGCUGAAAGUAGCGGCGGGGGAGGCCUUACUGCUCAAGUAUCCAUACAGUCCAUAAGGAAACCUCUGCUAGCGGAGUAGUACUCACACAUUCCAUAUUCUGACCCUAGUUUUUCCACUCCACGAGGCACAGUGUUAGCCCCCUUUGCCAAAACCCCCUUUAUAUACUCUCCCCUCCCUUUCAUUGCAGUAUAUAGAGUCCAUUGCACUGAGACCACCACCAUUUAGGUGUAAAACGUAUCGAGCACGAGGGUCUUCAAACGCGUUAACAGCAAUAAGUGUCGUGUGCUUUCUCGGGUUGUGAACAGUUAAUGCUGUGUGCACACACUUGUGGAUGAAUGCUUGUUUCAUACAGAUAAUAUAGUAUUGUGUCUAACUGA